AUGUUAUCAGAGAAACAAGGUGAAGAGAUAAUGAUGUCAAGCUUGAAUGAAACAAAUGAGGUGAUGAAUGAAGAAAGAGAAGAAGAAAAAGGUGGAAAUUCAGCUUCUGGUUUGAAGAAUUUUCUCUGGCAUGGUGGUUCUGUUUAUGAUGCUUGGUUCAGCUGUGCUUCAAAUCAGGUUGCUCAGGUUUUGUUGACACUGCCAUACUCAUUCUCUCAGUUGGGAAUGGUUUCUGGGAUCAUAUUCCAAAUCUUCUAUGGAUUGCUUGGUAGUUGGACUGCUUAUUUGAUUAGCAUUCUGUAUAUUGAGUACAGAAGCAGGAAAGAGAAAGAGAAUGUCAACUUCAAAAAUCAUGUCAUUCAGUGGUUUGAAGUGUUGGAGGGACUACUUGGUCCUUAUUGGAAAGCAAUUGGAUUGGCUUUCAACUGCACUUUCCUUCUCUUUGGAACCGUUAUCCAGCUCAUAGCUUGUGCAAGUAACAUAUACUACAUAAAUGAUCACUUGGACAAGAGAACUUGGACUUACAUAUUUGGAGCAUGUUGUGCAACAACAGUGUUCAUACCUUCAUUUCAUAACUAUAGGAUUUGGUCUUUUCUUGGACUUGGAAUGACCACAUACACAGCUUGGUAUAUGACCAUUGCUGCCCUUGUUCAUGGCCAGGUUGAAAACGUGGUUCACUCGGGUCCAAAGAAAAUGGUUUGGUAUUUCACUGGCGCGACAAACAUUCUCUAUACUUUCGGCGGGCAUGCCGUUACAGUGGAAAUCAUGCAUGCAAUGUGGAAACCUCAAAAGUUCAAAUCUAUCUAUUUAUAUGCAACACUUUAUGUGUUUACACUUACCCUACCAUCUUCUAUUGCUGUUUAUUGGGCUUUUGGUGACCAACUUUUGGAUCAUUCCAAUGCUUUCUCUCUUCUCCCUCGUAACAGAUGGCGUGAUGCCGGUGUUAUCUUGAUGCUCAUUCACCAGUUUAUUACCUUUGGAUUUGCUUGUACACCAUUGUACUUUGUGUGGGAGAAAGUGGUAGGAAUGCAUGACACAAAGAGCAUAUUUUUAAGGGCACUUGCAAGGUUACCUGUGGUGAUACCAGUAUGGUUUUUGGCUAUAAUUUUUCCUUUCUUUGGUCCUAUUAACUCAGCUGUAGGGGCUCUCUUGGUUAGUUUCACUGUCUAUGUCAUUCCUGCUACUGCUCAUAUGCUCACUUAUAGGUCUGCUUCUGCAAGACAGAAUGCUGCAGAGAAAUUGCCCUCAUUUAUGCCAAGUUGGACAUUAAUGUAUGUGAUCAAUGCAUUUGUGGUGAUAUGGGUUACUAUAGUAGGCUUUGGAUUUGGAGGUUGGGCUAGUAUGACAAACUUCAUCAAACAAGUUGACACAUUUGGAUUAUUUGCUAAGUGCUACCAAUGUCCACCAAAACUAGCACCUUCAACAAACCACACAAUGCAUCACUGA